AUGGUUCUAAAAAAGUGCUUACGGUGUAAAAAAAGCAUUACCAAAAAAACGCCGGGACUGGAAUGUAGCAGGUGCGAUGUAAUAGUGCAUGCGGAUCCAGCGUGCUCCAAGCUAUCCAACAAGCAGCUGAACACUCUUAAGAAUUCGCCAGGCAUAGAGUGGAGCUGCGAGGAAUGCCUUAAAAACUUAUCUCGUAGAUCAUCAUUCAUCACCCCUGAUGAGGACGCUGAGGAGGAGGAUAGCGACGACGGUCCCUCGCGCCACCAACUCAUCGAUGCAGACAAACUGGUAGAAGAUAUUAGCCGUGAGGUGAAGAAAACUUUUCGAGAGGAGAUCAGCGGUCUUGAGACCUCAUUGGAGUAUCUAAGUGAGCAACUUACAACCAUGGAGCAAAGCAUAAAAAAGCAGGACACCAGAAUCAAAGAGCUUGAAAAUAAAAAUUACGACUUGAUAAACCAAAACAAAAACUUGGAGUUGCGGGUAUCUGUUUUAGAACAGGGACAUAGAGAACUUGAACAAAAAUCCCUCUCUAGUUCACUGGAAGUUGCGGGCUUACCAGAUAUAAGCCCCAGCGAGGUCAUCGCCCUAACUGAAACAAUCGCCUCUGCAUUGAAUAUGGAACAGAACGAUGUGCAGUCAGCGCAACGAAUGCCAGGAGCAAAAGACAAACCAGGAUCAAUUAUGGUCGAAAUGAAGUCGAAGACCGUACAACAAAAAUGGAUAGACGCGGGGAAGGAUAAAUGUAUCACCGUGGGAAUGCUGAUGCCCAACGCCCCCAAAGAGACAGCUGAUAGACGAGUUUUCAUCAGAGAAGCCCUAACCAAUAUUCUUUUCAAAAAAGCGACGCCUAUAAAUGUCCAUAAAAUUAUAAAAGACUUAAACUCCAAUAAGGCACCAGGACUCGAUAACGUCACGAUCUCAGAUAUUAAGGUAAUAGGAGAACCCAUCUCGCAGACUAUAACUAACUUAAUUAAUAACAGCGUCAAGACUGGAGCUUAUCCCGACAAACUGAAGGAAGGUUGUUCAGGUAAGGGUACUCAUAGUCUCUUAUCAAAGUUUACUGACGAAGUAAAUAGUCACCUAAAUGAGCAAAGACAAGUACUGGCCUUAUUUAUUGACUUCUCACGUGCUUUUGACACGCUCAAGCACGACCAGCUAGUGGACAAAUUGGACAGGUGCGGAGUUCGUGGCCCAUUGCUAAAAUGGUGUCAAGCAUACUUAAGGAACCGAUCCUUUUCUGUGAAGCUGGAUAACAACUACAGUACGCCCUUGCCGGUGACGGAGGGCACGGCCCAGGGUUCUGUGCUAGGGCCCCUGCAUUUCUUGUCUUACGUCAACGACAUGAGCGGCUGUAUUAUAAACAGCACGUGCUACCAGUUUGCUGACGACACUUGCCUAGUAAUAGCUAAUAAAGACCCACAAAUAGCCGGUAAACUCUUGCAAAUGGACCUUGAUGCUUUAAUUCGAUGGUGUCAUGACGCUGGACUUGUCCUUAAUGCAAAUAAAACAAAGCUUCUUAUAAUCAAAUCUCCUUACAUAAUACAUAGUACACCGACCAUAGAAUUGGUGGCUACAUACUAUGAGCACAAACACAACUAUUUGCAGAUGCCCACAAAUAGACAAGGUCGAUAA